GACAAAUCCAAGAGGAGAAGAACAACGAAAACGGAUAUGGGAGAAAAAGGAUGUGGGCAAAGAAGAUCAAAGAUGGCGCCUUUUUCUCUCGCAUAGCCCCUUCAUGUCCAGAUUUGUUCGAGCGAUGCUUGCUGUUGUUGUUGGUCUCUGAAACUAGCAUUUUGUACUUUCGAAUCACUUCAAUUCAGAAAAUGAUGGAAUUCGGUUCCAACGAUGCUCUCUCUGUGCUGCGUGACCUCAUCGUUCUUAAGGAUGGAGGGCUGGAAUCUGAGAUUGAAGGCAAUAGUGGAAGCAAGGGAGAGGCUGAUCUCCCAGGGGGUGCUCCUCAUGGUCAUCCCGAAAGCUCAAGAUUACGGGAUAAUGAGAAGGGCGAGGCUGGGCAUUCGGCUGCGGUAAUCAAUGAAGUUUUUGGAGACUCUGAUGAUGAGAAACUGACUAACGAGAAAGUUAUUGCUGAAGAACCACACAAUGCUACUGAGACCAAAGUGAAAAGAAAGGAACUUGGUCCCUCGGAUGUGCUUGAAAUUCCUUUACGCCGGCCCCCAGCUGCUGCAGAUCAGAUGGCAGCAAUCAGAAUCUCCAACAUAAUUGGUAUUGACCCCAAGCCAUUUGAUCCCAUGACAUAUGUGGAAGAAGAUCUUUAUGUGACCGACGAAUCUGGAACAAAAAGACCCAUUCCCCAUACCAAUGUCAUUCGCUGGAGAGAAGUUAAGAAGAACCCUAAUGGAGAAACUUCUGUUGAAAGCAAUGCUCGCUUUGUGAAUUGGUCAGAUGGGAGUAUGCAGCUGUUCAUUGGUAAUGAGCCUUUUGACAUAUCUGAGCAGGAAGCACAAGACAUCCAGAUGCACCUUUUCCUCAAGCACAAGAAGGGGAUAUACCAAUCACAGGGUAGAAUCUCAAGAAAGAUGAAGUUUAUGCCUUCGUCUGUAUCUUCUAAUUCCCAUCGUUCCUUGAGGGCUAUGGUUGAGUCGAGGAACAAAAAGGUCAACAAAGUAAAGCAUUAUGUCCCUGAGAUUGACCCUGAGAGGACGGUGGAGCAAUAUGAAAAGGUGGAAAGGCAAGCAACUAAAGCUAGUAAACAGCUUGAGAAGAAAAAGAAGAAAUUGGCUGAGAAGUACAGGCCUAAGGGCCGCAUGGUGCCUCAACUUUCAUCUGGGUUUCUUGAGGAGACUUCUGAUGAGAAAUCUUAUGAACCUCCUGCUACUAUGCAUCAACUUGAUCUGGACCAUGAAUCGGAAGCUAAAGCAGAGAAGCGCAUCAUGAAUGCAAAGAAGUUGACAAAAGAUGCCAAAAAAUCUUCAUCAUCUGGAGCUAAAUCAGCUAGGGGUUCAUCAAAAGUCUCUGAAGAAGAAAAGUUUGAGCCAAGACUAGGGCAUAAAGGGAAAGAGGUCAAAGGGUCCUUAUCCCGUGCUAAAUCAGCAGAACUGAAAGGAGAAGAAGAGCUUAAUGACGACCCAUAUGUUGAUGCUGAGGUAAUAAAGCGAAAAGGUAAUAGAUUCAUUGAAUCCGAUGAAGACAUGUGGACGCCUCCAAGGAGAACCUCAGGCAGACGCCAGCUCACAAUUGUGUACGAUCCUGAUGACGAAUGAUAAAAUUGGCUCUUGUUUUUGUGAUGAACCAUGGAUAUUGCAAAUUUCAUACAUCUGAGUUCAUAUGGAAAAAUUCGAUCCUGCUGCCAUCGGGAGUUUGUUGAUCAAAUGGUAAACUACUGCCACCGGUAAUUGAAUUUGCAUUCAUAUGGAUGAUUUUUCAGCAUCUUUAGGUUGGUUUUAUCUCGUUUUUCCAGAUGGAUUAUAUAUUUAUGCAGUUUUAUGCAAUUAGCCUUUUGUAACUUUUUGUUAAACAUUUUGGAGGUAAACUCUCCUUCAAACUAUUAGUAGUUUUACCUUCUCAUUUUCUUUGGAGAUAAUGAUUUCAGUAGUUGAUCACCAAGAAUUAAACCUUACGAAUUUCGAGCUUGAGUUUGAUUAUUGCUCGAACCAAUAUUUGUUCAUUAUUCAAGUGAGAGUGUGAGACUAGUGUUCGAGUUUGU